AAAAAAAAGAAGAAGAACUAAAGUAAAUAAUAAAAAAGGAAACAAAUAAACGAGUAAAACAAGAAGCCCAAAGACGGGCCCACAAACAGUCAGCCCACGGACCAAAAGUGAGAGACGAGGAGAAAAAAUACCGGUCACGUUCGUGGAGACGAACGUUGGCCCAUUUCGAUCAGAGGAUGCCUUUCGGUGAAGUCAUGUAUCGCUGCAACGCGCAUUAUUGUUUCAGCAGCGUGUUCCGCAAUCGCGUCGUCGGACUGGUCGUCACGCUGGCGCUCAUGCAACUCUUUCUCUUCUCCUUCUACCUCAACGGCCUGCACAGUCAAGUGGUCGUCACGACCAAUACGGGUAGCAGCAGCAACAGUCCCGUUUCGUCAUCGGAGCAACAGGAUGGACAUUAUCAGCCGUUAGAAUUGGCUGCUGUCGUCCAACAGGCUGUUGGCCCGCGACACGCAGACAACCCUACAGUAGUAGUGGCAGGCGCCGGGAGCGCGGCUACGGUCGUGGGGGCUGACUCUAACCUUGGCCAACGGUCAGCGCCAGUAGGUCAAGAGGUGGAUCGGCCAGACGAAGAGUUCCUCAAUCCGUCCAUCAGCAAAGCCAAGGCCGCCAUGGGAGACGUAGCUAAGAAAGCUCUUGAUCACCUGAUGACGAACAAAAAACCAGCCAUGGAUUUAAUGGCCAUGGCUGCCAAGAAGCUAUCAGCCGACCCUAACGACCCAACGAUGGCGAAACUUGGUCUUAAUCUGUUGGCUAAUGCUUUUAACAACAUGAAAAACCAACGGGGACCAGCCCAGCUAAAGCCACAACAACAGCAACAGCAGCCAACGAAUGAAGUGACGGGUCGCCAGCAACAGGCUGUCGCCAACAGUAAUGAGCCAGCCUCGUCAUCAGCCGUUAACGAUGUCGAGGAUCAAUCCAAAUCCCAGUACGCCAAUCUAGCGCAAAUGGGAUUACAAAUGCUAACCAACGGUCUGGCCGAUCCUUCGUCGAUUGCAGCUAAUAAGGGAUCCAGUCCGGACAUGCGCAUGCUGGAAAUGGCUUCUCAAUUGAUGUGGCAGAGCGCCAAACUAUCGAAAGCCGGAUUCGACCCUCAAAUGGCCAAAUCGGCCUUGGGUUUGCUUAAAGGCGCUGUGGCUAGUCAAAAACUCGAUCCCAAGCUCAUUCUCGGCCUGGCUACCAAGAUGAUGACAAUGCAACAACAACUGCAACAGCAACAACAACCAUCGUCUGUUUCCGGCGAAACUAAUGGCGGUGGCUUCAACUUGUUGAGCCAAUUGUUGUCCAACGGCCAGCUGGCGUCGGCGCUGCUCAACGCCGGAGCUGCUGCCGCUCAGCCGGCAGUUUCGGCCGACCAAUCCAAUGCGAUUUAUCGCAAUUAUGUCAAGGUGACCAGCAGAAAAUUGCCGACGCUCAAAUCGAAGAUGUCGUCACCUUAUUCCAUCCCGUCUGGCAAAGUUGUCGUCGACAUUGGAUUUCAGUUCACGAUGGAAGCGGUGGACACGUGCCGCUCCAACGCCACCUACCUGAUUAUGGCCAUUUCAUCGGCUGCGCACACUGAAGAACGACAGGCGGCUCGCGACACGUGGAUCAAAGAUUUGCAUCAGCUGGUCGGCGGCAAAGUCGACGUUGUUUUCAUAAUUGGCCAAACGGCGAACGUCACUCUGCAUCGGGCCAUCGAAGAGGAGGCAACCACCCACCGGGACUUGAUCCAGACCAACGUGCAAGAGCCAAUAGAGAAUGGCGUUUUCAAAACUUUGGCCGGGCUCGUCUGGAUCGACCGCCACUGUCCGGAAAUUGAGCAAAUCCUCAAGAUCGAUGAUGACGUCUACGUCAGCGCAGCAACAAUGCUCAAGGCGAUGGAGAAGGGCAAAGCGAGGCCCACCAUUACCGGUAGCUUGAUCGACAGCAUGAAUCCACACACGACAUCAGACGAGAGACAUAAAACGACGAAAAAAGCGUGGCCACUCAAAGAGUUCCCUCGUUUCGUUCUUGGUGGAGCUUACCUGAUGGGCAGGCCAGCAGUGCCUCGUUUAUUGGCCGCCGCUCAGGUGACCCCUGUUCUACCACUCGAAGAUGUCUACGUGACCGGGUUGUGCGCCGUCGGUGGCAAAGUGGAGCUUAUUCCAAAAAAAAGCCUGUUUGAAGAAGAAAUUAGCGAAGAAUUGGAGACUUGUACCUUUGAAGAUUUCGCUUCGUGGCGCUCGACUGGGGCCGCUGACGUUAAACAGACGUGGAAUUUUGCUCAAGCGAUGAAGAGAAGCGGCGAAAUUUGCAUCACGACCAACAAGUGCGCCCGAACGUUCAUGGGCAUUUGCAUCCCAUCCUCGUCCUAAUUCGCUCUCUACCGUCGUCUCUGUACAUCGAUCUUUUAUCGUGAUUUUCAAAUCGGACUGGCUCCAUUUAAUCUACGACCUAUCGCAAUCAUUUGCAGUUAUUUAUUUAUUUGCCGGCAGUUGAAUAUUAUGGAAUUUCACGUUUGGUGGAUGACGUGUUGGUAAUCUUGGCAUGUAAAAUAUUAUCUUUUUGAGCUACACUGUUGAACAACCUGGACAGAUAAAACCGAUUUGAUCGAGAGCCCCAGCAAUCACAAAAGGGCAAACUUAUAAAUCAUCUCAUAGAGGUUUCGCGGGUUGUUCGUCCUUUUUACUUGUAUCCUUCUGUAAUCAUCAAUGACUUCUGCAAAAAUAAUAAGACAAGUAAUACAAACCAUGUUUUUUU